CAAAAAAUUCGCUCCAGCCAGCGGUCAGUGCAGCGCAUGUCGCUUCCUGUGUCAAGGGGCCUUGAGAGGGUCACAUCACAAUGCCUAGAAAAAGGAAAGGCUCUUGCCGCAGCAGUAAGGAUGCCAUGCGGAAGAAGAAAAUCAGGGCCACUGAAUCUCAGCAUCAAAGAGAAUCUAGACUGGAAAACGCCAGAUUAGCAGAAGCUGCACGAAGACAGCGAGAAACCAGCGAAGAGAGACAGCGUCGUUUAGAAAACGCCAGAGAAGCCCAAGCUUCGCGGAGACGGCGCGAGAGCAGCGAAAAAAGACGACUUCGCCUGGAAAAUGCCAGACUGGCCCAGGCUUCGCGGAGACAGCGCGAAACCAGCGAAGAAAGGCAACGUCGAUUGUACCAUGCCCGGUCGGCUCAAGCUUCGCGAAGACAGCGGGAAACCAGUUUGGAAAGGCUGCAACGUCUGCAAAAUGACCGCCUGGCUAAGGCUUCCAGAAGACGGCGUGAAACCAGCUUGGAGAGGGAGCAUCGCCUGGAAAAUAAGCGGCUGGGGCAAGCUUCACGGAGAUUGCACGAAACCAGCGAAGAGAGACAGCAUCGCUUAGAAAAUGACAGAUUGGCUCAUGCAUCACGAAGACAGCGAGAAACCAGCGAGGAAAGACGGCUUCGGCUGCAAAAUGCCAGACUGGCUCAAGCUUCACGGAGGCAGCGAGAAACCAGCGAAGAAAGGCAGCGUCGAUUGGACCAUGCUCGGUCCGCUCAAGCUUUGCGCAGACUGAGAGAAACCAGUUCGGAGAGGGAGCAUCGCCUGCAAAAUAAUCGACUGGCUAAGGCUUCACGGAGACAGCGAGAAAACAACUUAGAGAGCGAGCAUCGCCUGCAAAAUAAUCGACUGGUUCAGGCUUCACGGAGACUGCGCGAAACCAGUGAGGAAAAGCUGCAUCGCUUGGACCAUGCCCGGUCCGCAAAAGCUUUGCGCAGACUGCGAGAAACCAGCGUGGACAGAGAAAGGCCGUCAGAAAACGACAGACCAUGGCGCCGUGAACAUUAUAGACUGCAAGUGCUCAAUGCUUCCCGAAAGACAAAUGGACUCGGCUUUCCAGCACCUGUAUGGAAUUUUCACGAGUCUGCUUUUGAGGAGGGACAGGUGCACUCUGAAUUACCGUCACUGUACACAGUGAACAUCCAGAGUUUUGUCUGCGUCUGAUUAUGGUGACAGUGUUUAUAUGUAUGCUUCUCCGUCUCCCCAGAAGCCUCUUGCUUCUGUGUAUCACACUUACUCACCGUUGUAUCUUAUAUGAAGGAGUGGGAUUUAUUUAUUUAGAAGGUUGAAAGACAUUUUAGCUGCACCUCUCAUUCACACUGGUCUUGGAGAAACUGGAUUUGAAUACCUUGCUGCCUAUGAAAUGAGCUACAAAGAAAACAAAAAUUGUGAAACUGCAUUUUUUGAUUUCAUGUUAAGUGUCUGUCUGGAUUUUUCUCCUGGCCGUGUCAUGGUUCUGUUUGUUUGUCUGUCUGUUUGUUAGCAAUCUUGAGUCCACAGUUUUCAAGGUAUCAUUUUCAUAUUUUGUGUGAUGGUAUGCCAGUAACAGCUGGAGCUGAUUUAAUUUACAAAAAAAUCAGGUCACGUCAAGGUCAUGCCAAAAUCAAUAAAAUCUUUAUA